CAGGGGGAGGAGCUGCUAUUUCACAGGGACGCCGAGUGUCAGAGCGCUAGUCAAGUCUGGAGAGAGAUACAGCGAGCUGAGGGGGCUUCUCUACACUGUGAUAGGUACAUUAUGUCUGACAGAAAGGCUGUGAUCAAGAAUGCUGACAUGUCUGAGGACAUGCAGCAGGAUGCUGUGGACUGUGCCACACAAGCUAUGGAGAAAUACAACAUUGAGAAAGACAUUGCUGCCUAUAUCAAAAAGGAAUUUGACAAGAAAUACAACCCAACUUGGCACUGCAUUGUUGGCAGAAACUUUGGCAGCUAUGUAACACAUGAGACAAAACACUUCAUCUAUUUCUAUUUGGGCCAGGUUGCAAUUCUUCUCUUCAAGUCUGGCUAG